CUGUCGGUACAUCGGAAUGCGUGUCUUCAAGGCGACGACUACGAACGAAGUGACGAAAACACAUUAUGACGACUACGCCUUCCGAUCGAAUCAGGACGCCGCGCCUGUUCCCACCCGCAAGAGGAAGCCCGCCCCCGAGAAGCGCGGAGCCAGGCGAGCUAGUGCCAAAGAUGAUGACGAGGAGGAGCAAGGUGAUGAUGAGAGGACUUCAUCUCCCAAGAGGAGCUCCAGAAUAUACGCGACGCCAGUCCCGGCGCCGGACAUGCAGAUUUCGGUCGAGCAGGCUACGUAUCUUAAGCCUUGGGUUACUCGCUUUUUCCACAUCCAGAUCGAGAGGGAGAUCCGUCAUGAGAAUACCCAUACCGGAAAGAUCACGGAGAACGCCGUUCCUGGUGGCGUUCGCCCGAUUGUUCGCACGCAAAACCUCCCUUCGACCAGGUCCUACUGCGACGUUUGCGCCACGGGUAUCUUCAUGGGUUCCUACAUGUGUGGUUGCUGCGGACGUGAGAUGUGCCUCGGAUGCAUGGAGACAUGGACUCCGUCGGGUGAAGUCACAGCCGGUAGACUGAACCGAAUAGACACGUGCACAAAGAAGCGUCGCCAUCAACACGACCAAAUGAUGUUCCUGACACGUGCGAGGCCCGGAGCGCUCGUAGAGCUCAUGAAACAGCUCAUCUUUCACGAACAGGCGGUUCCGGGGCUAUCACAGGACGACGAUGCCACCCUCAAACUGCCUGAGAUAACCGCACCUUCGCCGAGCACGCAAAAUUAUCUUCCGGUACCCACCACCAAGCACGAAGACCUUCCGCUCGAGGCAUUUCAGAAAUUCUGGCGUCUAGGCAAGCCUCUAGUUCUCACUGGAUUGAAGGAUAAGUUCGAGUUACCCUGGGAUGCCCAGUAUUUUGUUGACAAGUACGGAACCGAGCGGUGCCAGCUUCACGACUGUGCUGUCGAUUCGAAUGAACCUUACGAGGGACGAGUUGACGACUUCUUCGCCGAAUUCGGUGGCACAACGCCGGAGUCGCUGAAACUGAAGGACUGGCCUCCGACAACGGAAUUCAAGAAAGCCUUUCCGGAACUCUUUGCGGACUUUGAGAAUGCAGUGCCAUAUCCCACCUACACACGUCGCAGUGGUCCACUCAAUCUCGCGUCGCACUUUCCGGAAACUUGGGUAGCUCCUGAUCUUGGCCCAAAGAUGUACAACGCAUAUCCGGCCCCAGACUUUCUUCCGUUGGUUGAGAAGCCCGAGGCGAAGCUUACUCGGGGGGAGAAGCACGUACUCGUUCAGGACAUAAAGGGUACGACUAAUCUGCACCUCGACCUUACUGAUGCCGUCAACGUCAUGCUGUAUGCCGACGGCGGUAGAAAGGCCCCCAAGUGCACGACAGUCGACAAGAAAAUUCCUCUCUGCGGCGCUAUCUGGGACAUCUUUCCGCGUUUUGCAAAUGUGCCCCUUCGAGAGUACCUGAAGAAAAAGGACAAGACUGUGGACGACCCUAUCCACCGUCACAAGUACUACCUCUCCGAAUUCGACCUCGAGCAGCUUGCGAAGAUGGGUGUUCACUCGUACAGGAUCUUCCAGAACCCCGGUGACGCAGUUUUCAUCCCAGCAGGAUGCGCGCAUCAGGUAAGGAAUCGUCGCGCCUGCAUCAAGGUCGCCGUCGACUUCUUGUCUCCCGAGAACUUGUUUGUCUGCAAGGACAUCCUGGAAGAGUUCCGUGCCAUGGCUCCCAAGGUGGCAAGGGCUGGAACGAAAGGAAUGCAAAAGGAGGAUGUGCUUCAGUUGUGGUCGUGUGUUGGUUUCGCGUGGGACGCUGUGGCGAGAGUUCUCGAUUUGGGCGAUGAGGCAGAAGAUGCUAAGGAGUCACUGAUUGCCGGGAAUGCUGGAAAGGGUAAGAAGUCUGUCAAAUCCAAAGCAAAGGGGAAACAGGUGGCGGUCGAG